AUGGCCAGCGGAACUGGAUGGGCGCAAUUACGGCAACAGAUCCGGACUCUAGAAAGCCAAACCGAAUCGCUCUUCCACACCUACUCACAGUACGCAUCUGCGUCGAAUCUGCCAGAGAAGGCAUCCGAGGAGGAGCUCAAGAAUGAGACCGAUAUAAGCGAGUUAUUUGAGAAGCGCGAAGCAUUAAUACAGCAGCUGUCGCGCGUGCUGGACUCCGAAUCCAGUCUGAACACAUCAUCCCUGAAGCAGAACAACCUCUCACGACAUCGAGAAGUCCUCACAGAACACAAGACGGAGUUGAGACGGCUGAAGUCUUCGAUAGCGGAAGCGAGAGAUCGGCAACACCUGCUUACAAGCGUACGCUCUGAUAUCGACGCCUUCCGGUCGUCAAAUCCGGGCGAAGCAGAGGCGGAGUACAUGUUGCAGGAACGAGGCAGACUCGACAACAGUCACAAUGUGAUUGACGGUAUCAUCGCGCAAGCAUACUCGAUCAAUGAGAAUUUCGGGUUGCAGGGAGAGACUUUGGCCAGCAUCAACCGCCGGAUCACUUCUGCAGCAGCAACGAUACCAGGCGUCAACGGGCUGAUUCAGAGGAUCGGCACAAAACGACGGCGAGAUGGCAUUAUCCUUGGCACGUUCAUCGCGUUUUGUUUCCUCUUGUUUUUCUGGUUCCUGUGA